CUAAUACUUCUUAAUAAUCUAAAUUAUUGUAAACCUAACAGUAUGCUUAUCAGAAAACUAUUCUAUUUCAGGGUAAUAACAAACCUGCUCACUACAAAUCCUCCCUUUGUUCCAAUUUUUCAGGAGAAAUUUUGGAACACACUUUUAGGUAUUCAACUUCUUGUGGGGUUAGGUUUUGAUGAUUGAUGCUGGAUAUUUGUACAAACUGACCAUACAUUUUUACUUGCCUUUGCAUAAACUGUUGUCCUAGAGAGCACAGACACUGAAAACAGCACAACAGGCAGAUUAUAGUUAUAACAAUUCCGAUUAAGCUUAAUACAAAAGGUCUAAGCCAUCCUGUAAGGGAAGGCAACCAAUUAGUGAGCCAACUAAGAGAUGUGUCUUUGGGGAUUUUAGCUAUAUCUUCGGCUUUUUGGAUAUGGACAGCUGCAUCAUUGAGGUGGGUUUGUACUAUUGUAAAAGAACUGUUAACCCAAACACAACAUUUUGGUCCGAUAACCGCACAAGCUCCCCCUUGAGCAGCAAGGAGAAAAUCAAGGGCUAUACGGUUUUGAACUACCAUUUGUUGGAGUUCUUCUUGGGUGUCAGCCAAGGCAGCAACGGCCUUCGAGAGUUCCUUGUGACCUUCACUGAAUUUAUGAGCCAUGAUUUUUAUCACAGCUUGCAAACGUAGUGUAAAUCUUUUAAGACAAGCAGUGCCUAUUCCUGGGAGUAUACCUGCUAAAGAACACCCAACUAAUACUCCUUUGAGGGAGACAAAAGGUCAGUUUCUCAUAGACCAUAUCUGUAACUAUUACAGUUUGCUGGAAAAAGACUACUUUGGCAUUCGAUAUGUUGACCCUGAGAAGCAGCGGCACUGGCUCGAACCCAACAAGUCUAUCUCCAAGCAAAUGAAAUCUCAUCCACCAUAUACCAUGUGCUUUAGAGUGAAAUUCUACCCACAUGAACCCUUGAAGAUCAAAGAAGAGCUCACCAGGUACCUUUUGUAUCUUCAGCUCAAAAGGGACAUUUUCCAUGGCCGUUUGCUGUGUUCUUUUUCUGAUGCUGCCUACCUGGGUGCCUGUAUUGUCCAAGCUGAGCUUGGUGAUUAUGAUCCUGAUGAACACCCGGAAAAUUACAUCAGUGAUUUUAAGAUUUUCCCCAAGCAAUCACAAAAGCUGGAAAGAAAAAUAGCUGAAAUGCAUAAAAAUGAAUUCAGAGGUCAGAGUCCAGCUGUUGCUGAAUUCAAUUUACUACUGAAAGCACAUUCUUUGGAAACGUACGGUGUUGAUCCCCAUCCUUGCAAGGAUUCAACGGGGACCACUACAUUUUUAGGAUUCACAGCCACAGGCUUUGUAGUUUUCCAGGGAAAUAAAAGAAUUCAUUUGUUAAAAUGGUGUGAUGUCUAUAAAUUGAAAUUUGAAGGGAAGACAUUUUAUGUGUUUGGAGCUCAGAGAGAGAAAAAGACAAUGUUGUCAUUCCAUACUUCUACACCAGCAGCCUGCAAGCACCUUUGGAAGUGUGGGGUGGAGAACCAGGCUUUUUAUAAGUGUGCAAAAUCCAGUCAGAUCAAGACGGUGUCCAGCAGCAAAAUAUUUUUUAAAGGCAGUAGAUUUCGAUAUUGUGGCAAAGUUGCCAAAGAAGUGGUUGAAGCAAGUUCUAAGAUCCAAAGGGAACCUCCUGAAGUUCACAGAACCAGCAUUCCCCAGAGUCGUAGCUCUCACUCCUUGAACAAACAGCUCAUAAUCAAUAUGGAACCUUUGCAGCCCCUUCUCCCUUCUCCAAGUGAAGAAGAAGAGAUUCCAUUUGAUGAAGGUAUCCAUCUGCCAAAGGAAGAUGAGAUCUCAGUUCCUGUGAUAGCCAGCUCCCCUGUUAAGGAUGCUGGGGAGAGCAUAGAUUUCACAAUUGAGGAGGAAGAGAAAAUCAAAGAGGAACCCUUAACCAUCUCAGAACUGGUGUACAACCCAAGUGCCAGCUUGCUGCCCACCCCAGUUGAUGAAAAUGAGAUUGAUAUGCUCUUUGAUACCCCUUUGAGGGCAGAGAAUGACAAAGACGACACUGAUUCAUUUGAGGAACUGGAAGUGGAUGAAAAUGCAUUUUUGGUCGCAGAAGAAGAGGAGCUGAAAGAAGCCCGGAGAGCACUUAGGUGUAGCUAUGACUUUCUGAUGGGCAACAUACAGGUCAAUGCCUUUGUGAAGAGUUUCUCCAGACUUCUUCUCGUAGGUCUUGGACUGUUGCUGUUUGUGUUCCCCCUUCUCCUUGUUCUCUUGGAGUCAGAUCUUAAUAUCUCCUUUCUCCAUGAAAUUCGUCAGACACCAGAGUUCCAGCAGUUUCACGUUGAAUAUUACUGCCCUCUCAGGCAAUGGGUUGCUUGCAAAAUAAACUUCAUUUUUGACAUGCUGGGCAGCUCUUAAAUUUAAAAAAAAUGCGAGACAACUAAGGGCUAUAUUCAAAAUAACAGUUAGUGCAAGCUUCUCAUAAUGCUUGUGGGGCCAUCAGCAGGUAGUUGACUUCAUUUUCAGCUCAUAAGACUGCUCAAGUUCUUAAGUUUACUUUACAUAAAUAACUGCUUUCAUUACAGGCUUAUAAGGUGGCCUUUAAAUAACCAAAAAGAGGUUUUAUUUUUAUUGCAUUUCAGAUUUCCUGAGUCAUCUAUUGUAUCACACCAUGCACGACUGGGUUCAUCAUUUGUAACCUUACAAGCCAUGACAUUUGGAGUCUGAAAUUUAGUGAGAGAGGUGUUUUUGAAUAUAUUCCUUAGUGUAAGAAUCUCUUCUAACCAAUGCCUAUACAAGCAAUGUUUAUGCUGGGUUUUGUUUCUUGGUUUGUUUUUCUGGUUUUGUUUUUUUUUUAACGAUUUGAUGUGUUUAAAAUAUUUUGGUAAAUUUUUAGCAAUUGAGAACUCCUGAAGUUAUUUAAAUGUACAGAUUGGUAAGAAUAAUGCACAAGGGGAUGUAUGGGGAUUUCUUAAUGUUUUAACAAUGAUUUGUUUUUAAAAUAUUUUGGCUGGACAGUAUCUGUUAUAGCUGGAUACAAGUUGGCCUGUGGUCUGGGCAAAGUACAGUAAGUUCGCUCAAGUUUAGUGGGGGCUGCUGAGGGGAGAUGAAAUGACACAGAAUCAUCAAAUAUGCUUCUAAAUGGCAUAGUGCUAAAGAUUGGGAAGGUGAAUAUCAUUGACAAAAUGAUUAUCCAUCUUCAUCUGUGUCCUGUCAUCUAAUUUUUCAAUCAGUGCUGCAGAAAAACCUUUAAGACAGUCCAAGCAAGUGUCGUAAGAGGGUGUGAUGGAUCUUUGAAAUAAAUGUAGAUUAUUGUACAUAACAUGGAAACCUGAAGUGAUGGUAAGUACCAAAAAUUGCUAGCUAGACCAGUAGGUGAGUGACCUACUUUUUUUUUUUAAUGGUCUUUUAAACAGUGAAGCAUUAGACUAUACAGUUGAUGUGAAAGUCUUCUAUGAAUAAUAAAAGGAUAAAACAUUAUUAAAAGAAACAUACUGGUCCCUGAUUCCCUUUCUUAUUAAUCUCAGAGAAUCCUCAUUAACUGUGUUGUCAUUUCCUGUGUGUGCUGAUUCUUACCCUGUAUGUGUGUCAGUGCACUUGCAUUAUUUCCCUCUGUGUAUCAAACUAGUCAUAGGGGUCUAUUGUUGUGUUAAUGUACCAAGGAAUUGUAUAUCUGCAGUAGUUCACAUUAUUGUUUAGAAAAUAUACAUACAAAAAACCUUGUGAGCAUUGAGAAAAUCAGUAGAUCCCCAAAAACUAAAGAAAAAUGAAAUUAUAUUUGGAAACUGGAGCAUCAUCAUAGCAGAUCCUUUUUUUUAAAGCAUCACUGUUGAUGUAUUGAUUUUCUUCAAUUUAAGCUAGUGAACUACAGCUUCAGCCUCAUAAUCUCUCCUUGAUGGAGUUCCUUAAGUGGAAAUGUAGUUGAGAAUGUUUGUCAGAACAGUUCUUGUCAUGUUGUAACAAUAGCUGUAAGUCACACAGCGCCAGAUUGAAUUUAUUCUUUGAAAGAGGGAAUCUUAACUCCCUACUUUAUGCUUUCUAAGCCUUUGCACGACCAGUUUGAAAACUGAAAUUUCCCAUGAAGUUGUUUAUUCUUUUUCUUUUCCACCCCUUUUAAAACGAUAUAGCGUUCAUAGUUUUUAGGAAUUGCUCUUCCUAAUUGUCAACUUCUGGAUUCUUCCCCAUUUCCCAACAAUAAAUGUGAAAUAGAGCCAUUCAGUCUCCUGUCUCUUCAUUCUGUCUUUUUUCAUAAGUCUGUUCCUAAUGAGGAUCGUUAUUAAUUGGUUGGUUGGUGCAUAUUUCAUCUUGUGUAACUUGCAGCUAAACAGUCCUUUCCCUUUAGACAAGAAUCAUCCAGUCCACUAGAAUUUUUUACAGCAAACUAAAGUAGACGUAUGACUUUAACAGGAAUUAUUUCUGU